GCUACACAAUUUUGCAAGAGCAGCUACAACAAAACUUUCCCUCGUCGCCGACUUUGUAAUCUGACGCGCCGCUGAGAAACCCUAGUUCGCUUGUCCUAAGUUAUCUUCACUAAAUUAAAAGGAGAAGAAAGCGAAAAAUGUCGACGGCGUUGACGGAGGAAGAUAUCAAGAGGUUGUACAGAAUAAGGAAAACAGUGAUGGAGAUGUUAAAGGACAGGAAUUACUUGGUUGGAGAAUUCGAGUUGGAGAUGGAUAGAAGGCAGUUUAUUCAAAAGUAUGGAGAUAACAUGAAACGUGAAGAUCUCGUCAUCAGCAAAUCCUUGAAGAACGAUAGCUCCGAACAGAUCUAUGUCUUCUUCCCCGAUGAAGCAAAAGUUGGAGUCAAGACAAUAAAAAAUUACAUAAACCGAAUGAAAUCAGAGAAUGUCACCCGAGGAAUCCUGGUUGUGCAACAAAAUCUCACUCCAUUUGCCAGAACUUGCAUUAGUGAAAUAUCUGCUAAAUUUCAUUUAGAGGUUUUUCAGGAAGCAGAGUUGCUAGUGAAUGUAAAAAACCAUGUUCUAGUUCCAGAGCAUCAAGUUCUUGCUAAUGAAGAGAAGAAAACAUUGCUUGAGAGAUACACAGUAAAAGAAACACAGUUGCCUCGAAUUCAAGUGACAGAUCCAGUUGCUAGAUAUUAUGGGCUAAAACGUGGGCAGGUUGUGAAAAUCAUUAGACCAAUCUUCGACCAUUUUCUUGCCCUAAAUCAUAUCGUGUUUCGUGUAUGGUGUAUCCGUAUCUCCCCCUCAAACGAUCGGUCGAUCGGACCCUCUUCUUCUUCUAGUCUCUCCGACAGCCUGACUCCCGAAUUCCCGAUCUCCCCCACCGUCGACACCCGAUACUCCGCUGGAUUGGUGACUGGUGAAGCGUAUCCGUAUCUCCCCUUCAAACGAUCCAAAGGUCGUGCCGUGCUGCGAGAUGAAAAGUACUGCGCGUGUGCUGCGCCACGCAGCAAUAAGAGGAAAGUUAUGGCAGAUACUAAUAACACCAAUCCUUUGGAUGUUAAUGAUGGAAGUGAUGAUUCAGUUGAAGAAAUUGGCCCAGAAAGUUUAUCACAAGGUGUUGAGAGUACUUCCACAAAGAAAAGGAAAAAAAGGAAAAAAACUUCAGAUGUUUGGAGAAGUUUUGAAAUGCUACCACAAAAACCAAAUGAGCCCUUGUAUUGUAAGUGCAAAAAAUGUGGGACAAAAUAUCAGGCAGAAAGCAAAAAUGGAACAGGUUCAUCACAAUUGAAGAGGGUUGAGGAGGCACUUUUUUCACUUUUUGAUGAAUACAUGCAAGCUUCUCGAGAAAGUAGUGAUGGAAAUGUUGAAGGUGGUAGUGGUAGUGGCGACUUUAAUUCUCGACAAACUAGUGUUGGAAAUGUUGGAGGAGGCUCUAAUCAUAGUAUUCUUGAGGAGUUUGAUGAAUACGAUAAUGAUGAUAUGGAUUCGACCAAAAAAAGUCAAUUGCAAGUAUAUCUUCUUGAGCCAAGAACUAAAAGAACUUCUUCCAUUAACAUACUUGAGUUUUGGCAAUCCCAACAGUAUAGGUAUCCAGAAUUAGCUAAAUUAGCUAUGGAUAUACUUUGUGUUCCCGUUUCAACAGUAGCAUCUGAAUCAACUUUUAGCCUUGGUGGAAGAGUUUUGAAUGAGUAUCGAAGUUCCAUGAAGCCUGGCAUUGUUGAAGCUGUAAUUUGUAGUAGGGAUUGGUUGUUUGGAGUAAAAGUUGAUACUCAUGUUGAUGUCGAUAAACUAACUCAAAACGUCAUGGAUAUGAACAUCGCCGAAGACAACACAGAGUGUUUACAAUGGUUUUGGAUUAGAACCGACAAUAAGAACAUCAAAACACAAAAUCAGAUAAAUAAAAACAGGAUUUUGAAAUUGGAAAUCAGAAAUUACCUAGUCUCAGUGGUCGUUGUAAUUGAAUGGCGUGUACGAUGGGUUUUGUUGUUGCCAGAUGAAGCGACCAUGGCAGUGGCGGUGCCAGGCGGUAGGUUGGUAUCUAUCGGUCCUAACAGCCUCCCCCGACACAAUGUGACAACGAAACCACCAUGGUUUCUCCAUCUGGGUUUGCUGCGGGAGAAACGAAACAGAAGAAGAAGAAGUGGAGGAGCCCGUCGGAAAUCUUUUCUUCCAACUGAUCGAACCCUGUCGCAUCCACAUCUUCAUCUUCCGUCGAGAAAAGCUCCACUGAAGACCCCCUCUGCGUCACCGCUAUUGGACGGAACAAAAUCGAUAGGUGGGUCUUAUUGGGCGAUGUUGGCAGUUGAGGACACGUAG